CUGCUCACAAACGACAGCACAAUGACCAAAGACACGCUCCUCAACCCACCCGGCCUGCAACCCAGCGCCAUCACCGAACCCUCAAAAACAACCACCAGACUCCCAAGCCACCAAACCCGCCUCGCCAGCCGCCACAACCUAACCACGAAUACCUCCGGCCUAGCCCCCGGCUACCUGCAAGCCAACCUCCUGAUCCUCCCCGCCCGCUACAGCCAAGACUUCCACCAACUCUGCCUCCGCAACCCCGUCGCCUGCCCAUUACUGGGAAUCUCCCACCAACCAGGCAACCCUCACCACAUCCAGCCCGAAGGCUGUAUCACCACCCCGACGGACUUCGACGUCCGCACCGACUGCCCCCUAUACCGCGUCUACAAGCACGGCAAACCCAUCGCCACGCACCAGAGGAAUCUACUCCCGUUCUGGCCGGACCCAACCCCGACCCCAACCCCCACCACGCUCUCUCCACAACACGGAAACACCGAAAGGGAAGAAUAUGUAUCCUUCCUAAUCGGAUGCUCCUACUCCUUCGAAUCCGCCCUCACCGCCGCAACCCUCACUCCGCGCCACCAAGUUACUGGCGGCCUCGUGCCCAUGUACCGAACCACCCUCCCGCUCCUCCCCGCGGGCAUCUUCACGGGCGCGCGCACCGUCGUCUCCAUGCGGCCGUACCCCGGCCACGCCGUGGAGCGGGUCCGCACCGUCACGCGGCCGUUCCUGGCCACCCACGGGGAGCCGGUCGAUUGGGGGUGGGAGGCGCUCGCCCGGUUGGGGAUUGCGGAUCUGCAGGCGCCGGACUUUGGGGAGCCUGUGUCGGUGGAAGAGGGGGAGGUUCCGGUUUUUUGGGUACGUUGUUUCCUGAUUGCAAGUUUGUGUUACGUUAUGCCCCCGGGGAAAGGGGAAUGUGCGGGGGAUGUGGGGCCUGCACGGGCUAGGGAAGUUUGUUUGCGGUUCAGGUUGGGGGUUUUCUUGCUAAUUUGGUGAUGUCAAUAGGCUUGUGGGGUUACGCCGCAGUUGGCGGUGGAGGCUGCCGGGGAUAAGAUUGAGGGGUUGGUGUUUGCACAUGAGCCGGGCCAUAUGUUG